AUGGAGCUCCCGGUGCUGGACAAGUUCUGCUACGUAUUCGACUUGAAGACAGGCUGCAUCAUCAUCGGCGUCAUCAAUGCUGUGAUGACCCUAAUCCACGCGAUCCUGCUGACCAGCGUGGCCGUGGACAUGGACUCCUCAGCAGCCGUGGCGAGGCGCCUCGGCGAGGGCGACGAGGGUUCCAUGAGCACCCUGGUCUACACCAUGGUGGUGCUGAUGGCGCUGCUGCUGUUCCUUAAGUUCCUCGCUGAUGUGUUCUUCGUGUAUUCUGUUUAUCGGGAGAAGACCUCAAUGAUCAAGAAGUACUGCAUCUUCUGGAUGGUGUUCCUGGUGCUGUUCAUCAUCGGCUUCCUGAAGACCCUGUUCCACAUGGAGGCGUCCCACGUGAUCGCGCAGCUCGUGUACCUCGCUGUGAACUUCUACUUCAUCGUGACCAUCCGCAGCUACCUGCUCUCCAUCAACGAGGCCGGCGUGUUGUAAGACCACAGACAACAAGACACAGUCUGUAGCCAACGAAGGUCACUCUAGGUUACGAAAAACUAAACUAAGUUUAUCCCCUGAAAUUCAACAGUUAAAGUCGCAUAACUUUUAUCUAUGAUUAACCAUAUUAUAUCAAAAUCGUAUUAGCCGUUAAGUUAUGCUACGUUUACUGUUGAAUGUCCGGGGGAGGAACUUAGUUGAGUUCUUCCUAACAUUAACUAUGACGAAAAAACAAAAUGAAAAUCGGUUGUGUCGUUUGGGAGCUACUCUACUACAGACUAUCUGUCAUAAGUAC